AUGGAAGAGCAAAAAGGUAGAAGGGGCGCCACAGCUGACGACGGCUGCACUCAACAAAUUGAGUGCUAUAAAUCAAGCUUAAAGAAUCUUCGUGGCCAAGGAUACGAUGGUGGCUCAAAUAUGUCUGGUAGAAAAAAUGGUGUACAGGCACUCAUUUUAGAAGAUCAGCCUUUGGCAGUAUAUACCCAUUGUUUCAAUCACCGAUUGAAUUUAUGUAUUUCCAAAGCAUGCGAAGUACAAGCUAUUAGAAAUUUGGUUGAUGAUUCAAUACCAGCCCCCUCAAAAACAAAACUUAAAGCCUUGUGCGCUACCCGGUGGGUUGAACGACAUGAUUCUAUUCUAACUUUUCGAGAACUUUAUUCAUAUAUUAUUUUAACUUUAGAAGAACUGGAAAAGAUGCCUGACUCUGGGACUGCAUGUAAAUCAAUUGGUUUCAGUGCAAGUAUUAAACGAAGUAAAUUUUUAAUAUCUUUAGAAAUUGUAGCUAACUUAUUUUCUUAUACUAAAACGUUAAGCUUAGUACUACAAAGCCCUAAAUUGGAGUUGUCUAAAGCUUUUUCUCAUGUUAAGAAUGUAAUUGAUGUUAUGGAUGAUAUUAGAGAAAAUUCUAUAUCCAAAUUCGAAACAUAUUUUAAAAAUGCUUCUGAUAUGGCAGCUCUUGUUGGUGAGGAAAUCAGAAUACCUCUUUUAUGUGGACGUCAAACAACACGAUGUAAUAUUCAAACGACUGAUCCAAUAGAAUGGUAUAGGAUAACCAUUUUUUUACCUUUUAUUGAUCAUUUGAUUUCCGAACUAAAAUUAAGGUUCAAUGAAAAGUUAAGUGAAAUAAUGCCUUUAGAAGGAUUAAUUCCUACACAUAUUGAUAAAUAUGAUGAAUCAAAUAUUAUUAAAGCUGCGAUGAUAUAUAGUGAAGAUUGGUCAGGUCAAAAAUUGGAUAUACAAUCAGAAAUAUCAAUCUGGAAGAAAAAGUGGCACAAUAUUCAAACUAUGAAACCCGAUACGGUGAUCGAAACAUUAAAUCACUGUGAUGAAUUUUUUCCUAUCAUUAAACCAUUAUUACAUUUAUUUGCUACCAUACCAGUUACUACAGCUAGUGCAGAAAGAAGUUUCUCUUCAUUAAGACGUCUAAAAAAUUAUUUGAGCAAGUUUCGAGUGUGUGCUGCACAUUUUCAUGAAACUGAUAUAAUUAGAACUUGGGUUUCAGGACAAGGGCUUUUAACAUAUUCUAUUUGUAUGAAAAUACUGAAACUGCGACAAGGUUCCAUUCCUUUCCUAGCAAAUAACAAAUUAAUAUUGGAUGAAUCUGAACAUAAUCAAUUAUCAAUCAUAAGCUAUAAGGACUUCAACAUAAAACAUGACCAUAGUUAUAGUUCAGAUUCUCCAGUAAAGAAAAAAAUGAAACUUGAUAGUUUCAACAGUGACAAUAUAGCACCUGGGCUACAAAGCACAUCACUUUUCUAUACUGCUUUAAAUUACCGAAUUAAAGUACCACUAAAAUGGUUUAUUGAUAUACAUAUGUCUGAUAUAGAGUAG